AUGCGCUUCGGGUUGAGUCUGGGCUGCGCUGUUCUCGCCUUCGUGGCGCAGGCUUAUGCUCGGUCGAGUACGGGCGACUCUGUGCUCGUUAUAUUGGAGCCUGGGUUGAAGAAGGAGGAUUAUUCGAUCUACUUCAAGAACCUCGAAAAGGAGGGCUAUGAGCUCACGUUCCGCGAGCCUGCGGCGCCUGAGCCAAAGGUGCUGGUCGACGACGAGCCGACGUUCGACCACAUCAUCUUCUUCGCGCCCGACACAAAAACGUUCGCACCGGACAUCACCCCACAAUCGCUCGUGGACCUCCUCACGAAGAACGUCAACAUCCUCGUCGCCCUCUCGCCAAAGCAAACGCCCCUCUCCACCCUCGCUUCCGAAUUCGGCCUCAUCCUCCCGCCGCCCAACACGCCCCUCCUCUCGCACUUCCCCGCGCGCUCCGAGCCCGCCACCGUCAUUCCCAUCCCCACCACACCGAAUCCAUUACUCUCCAAGCCCAAGCUGCGCCCGAUAUGGUUCAAAGGAGUCCCGCACGCGCUGGGGAAUAAUCCGCUGCUGUUUCCCGUGCUCAAGGCGCCGGCGGAGAGCUUCGCGACGGAUACGGAUAAGGAUGGGGAUAACGAGGUUGUGUUUGAGAGCACGCAGAAGGGCGGGGAGGGUUUGUGGGCGGGAUCUUCGUUGGGCGUUGUCACGGGCUUCCAGACGCGUCUAAACUCCCGGAUUAUGUGGGUUGGUGGGGUUGAGCUGUUCAGCAACGAGUUCAUCAACAAGCCGACGCCCAACGGCGACAAGUCCGGCAACGAGAUCUUCGCGAAGGACAUCUCCGCCUGGACAUUCAAAGAGACGCUCGUCCUCCGCCUCGACUCGACGUUCCACCAUCACGCCAACGCCAGCGACCUCUUCACCGAGCCGGACCACUACACCACCAACGACAUGAUCACCUUCGAGGCGCUGAUCUUCCAGUACGACCCCACUCGCGGAAAGUGGAAGCCCAAGAACGACCUGGACGACCUCCAGCUCGAAUUCACGAUGCUCGACCCGCACAUCCGCACCCUCCUCCCCGCCCACCCAGAACACCAGGGCAAAUACGAGCUGACGUUCCGCGCGCCCGACCGGCACGGCGUGUUCAAGUUCGUGCUCGACCACAAGCGGCCGGGGUACACUUUCAUCGAGAGCAGCACGACGGUGCCGGUCGUGCCGCCUAGGCAUGACGGGUAUCCAAGGUUCUUGAGCGCCGCGUGGCCGUAUUAUGCUGGGGCUGUGAGUACGAGUUUGGGGUUUGUGGUGUUUGUGGCGGUGUGGUUGGCUGGGGAUGAUAGGGGGAUGAGGAGGGGUGGGAAGGCGGGGAAGACGGAGUAG